AUGAAGAUUAGUUGUAAUGGUUGUCGCAUUCUUCGCAAAGGUUGUACCGAGGACUGUGUCAUUAGGCCAUGUCUUGAAUGGAUAAACUCCUCCGAGGCACAAGCUAAUGCCACCCUUUUCCUUUCUAAGUUCUAUGGUCGUGCCGGCUUGCUCAACCUCAUCAAUGCUGCCCCACAACAACAUCGGACUGAUGUUUUCAAGUCACUAAUGUAUGAGGCCUGUGGGAGAAUCAUAAACCCAACAUUUGGAUCAGUUGGGUUAUUUUGGAGUGGUGAGUGGGCCCAAUGUCAAGCUGCUGUUGAUGCUGUGCUAGCUGGGUCACAGAUCAAUGUCAUGCCAACAUCUCAUUCGCAAAGCGACCAUGGUUCGAAACUCCUUGACAUACGACAUGUGUCUAAAGAUGCCAACAUGGACAAGGUGAGAGGAAAAUCUAAGAAGCACAAGGAUGUUAUGAUGCCAAUGUCACAUGUGGGUUUAGUCAACUCAGCUACAUUAUGGAAUCCAAUUUUAAGUCAUCAUGAGCCAAGACGGUUAGAGGGUGGUAAUGGGGAAAUAAUGAAGGCUGUGUUGGUGAGCCAAGACAAGCCAAGAAUAAAUGGUGGAGCCAAUAUUGAUUUGGAGCUAACUCUUGGCUAGACUAGGCUUCUCUUGUUAAUGA